AUGGAACAUUUCUGGACACCUCGUGGCAUGAUUUUAGCCAGCUGUGCUAUCGUCACAGAGAUUGGCUUGAAAAGUGAUAAUAUAAUCUUGCACGAACAGUUCACAGCGUCCUCUCAAGAUGCCCUUGGCGAGGCUCACAAUGCAAGAGUGAACCUUACAGCCGUACCAGGCAAAAGACACGCUGCUUGGGUUCCUCAAGAGCUCGAUAACCAGCCGUGGAUUCAGAUUGACCUUAUUGCAACAACAACGGUUGUUAAAAUUACAACCCAAGGAAGAAGCGACGCUGACGAAUGGCUAAAGAAAUUCUCAGUGGCCUCCGGCUAUAAUCGAACUGCUUUGGAAUCUUAUAAAGAUGCUGGACAAGUCAAGGUAUUCUCGGCUAACAGUGACCGGAAUACGGUGGUAGAACAUGUUUUCUCUCCUGUCAUCAAUACCCGAUAUCUUCGCGUCAUACCUACCGAGUGGAAUGAACGCCCAGCGGUAAGAUUGGAAUUGUACGGAUGUUAUAACGCUUGUGGAAAGCUAACUAGACUUGGUAUGGAAAGUGGUGGUAUUCUCGACAGCCAGAUAAGUGCCAGCUCUUUUCACGGCUAUCAUUAUCCGCCCCACCAAGGAAGGCUUGGACACCCAAAAGACUGGUUGCGUUCACUAAGUGGUGAUUCCAAUCCAUGGCUGCAGGUUGAUUUCCUAACUAGAACUAUCGUCAGUGACGUAGAAACUCAAGGUUCUACUCGACACAAUCAUUGGGUGAAAGAUUACACUCUAUCUUACUCAAAUGACGGUGUUACAUUUAACACUUAUCGAGAAGGUGAAACGGACAAGGUUUUUCCUGCCAACACAAACGCAGGCACAGUGGUGAAAAAUGAGCUGCUUUAUCACAUUUUUGUGCGUAACGAAUUGGUUUGA